AUGAAAGACCCAAAACUGAUCCCGGUAUCCUUCCACCAAACCAGCCCGCAAACCGUCACCGCGGCCUUCACAUUCACCGUCGACAUCUUCUACUGCAAUGGCGGCGACAACCUGCACGGCGGCGCCCAGGCCGCGAUCUACGACAUGCUGACCAGUGUGGUCUUCCAGACCGUCUGUACGCCGGACUUCUGGGUCGGCGCGGGCGUCAGUCGGACGUUGAAUGUUAGUUAUCUGAGACCUGCGCCCGUGGGACUCGAGGUUCUCUGUGAAAUCGAGGUGGUGGCCGCGGGCAAGAGUCUGAGUCUCCAGAGGGCCACUAUGAAGAGGGUCAGCGAUGGAGCGCCGUUGAGUACGUGCGAGCAUCACAAGGUUGCGGUGCCGACGCCGAAGAUUUGA